AUGUCAUCGUAUAAUCAAAAUCCCAUUGGUCAAAAUCAAUAUGCUAAAGUCCCCGAUGCCAAUGACGUCGAACUCCGUGAGGCAUUUGAGUGGUAUCACCGAGAACUGGUCGCAGUGAAGGAUAUUCCUUCCCAUCUUGAAAGAGAGCUAGGGCUCAAAAUAAGCCUUUCUACUGUUAAGAGGCGCCGAAAUGACCUUGGGUUGGUUGGAAGUAGAGUCAACCAACGAGAAAUGUCUUACUCGGAGAAAGUUCAGUAUAUCAUUCUUGAGCUUAAUGACGAUCCUAGCAAAGGACGUGGAGUUUCCACAAUUCGUGCUCGCAUUGCCAGCAAUUAUGGGAUACAUUUACCCCGUGAUUUUGUCUCCGAUAUCAUGCACAUUCAAGAUCCUGACGGAUUUGAUCUUCGGAAACCGACAUCAAAGAAGGUUUUCCGGGUUAGGAAAGCACCGAUUGGUAUCAAUGAGCGUUGGUCCGGUGAUGGUCACAAUAAACUCAACAGCAUUGGGUUUCCAAUAUGGGGUGUUGUUGAUGAUGCAACUUCUAAAUGGAUUGGAGCUUGGGUUGUUCCUAGCAAUCGCUUGGCAACAGUUAUAGGGUACCUAUUUCUGGUUCUUGUGGAAAAAAUGGGUGGAAUGCCGCUUCAGUUCACAACAGACUGUGGCUCUGAGACUACUCAACUCUAUGGAUUAAUCAAUGCUUUGCGAAAUGCAUUUCAAGCGAAUUUGGAUUCCUCAGAACUGCCGGCACAUGUUUACCUUCGAAGUGUACAUAAUAUUUCAAUUGAGAGAUCAUGGCUACGCCUUCGCCUCAAAUGGGGAAACAAUGCAGUUAUCAUUUUCAACCGAGGAAUUGAUGCCGGUCUGUAUAAUCCAGAUGAUAUCCGUCAAAAGCAGUUAUGUCUUUGGCUUUGGCCACGAAUGCUACAGUGCGAGCUUGAUCAAUUUAUGGAGUUCCAAAAUGGUGUUCGCAUGCGUAAAGAUUCCAAAAAGGCAGGCCCAUCUGGUUGCUCUCGGAAUGAGGCUUUUUUAUUUCCGGAGAGAUGGGGAGGGAUUAAUUGUCUUCAACCGGUUGAUCUUGAUGUGGUUCGAGAAAUUAAGGAGAAGAUGGGAGGCGAAGAGCUCUUGAGCUUUGUAUCCGCUGAAUUUGCUAACGAAGCACAGAAAGCAUUUGACUCAUUAGGAUUUUCUGACCAGAAAGCCGAUGCUAUUCCUACUAGCAUUUUAGGCCUACCUGGUGUUCCAGAGCUUAUUUUUAAAAAAGAGGUACCACAAGACGAUGCCACCGUUCAAAAUAUGCCGUCAGAAAACUUACUAGUAGAUUCCAUUAUGGAGGCAGCUAGCGAGCAUAUGAAAAAGGCUUCAAAUACACGUCUAGCUCAGACCCCAAUUGCCUAUAAAAGUCCGGGAUUGGUUGGAUUUCAAAGCAAAAACCGUAAUCUUGAUUCCGCUGCUAAAAUUCAAGCAGUAAGAAAGGCUAAGAAAGAAGAAGCCAAGUUACUCGAUAACGGUAUCCGUGUUACGGCCUGCUUAAACAAGCUCAACCAGAUGAAGGAAUUUCAAAUUAUUGAAAGAUUUGAUCCCGACAUUUCAACGAAGCUUGCUUUUGACAAGAUUCUGUUACGAAUUAGGGAUGAUUUUGAAGCAAAGCAUCCGGGAACAGAACAACUUACUUGGUAUGCCUUGCACAUUUUGUCGUUUGUGACUAUGGGCUGCAUUGACAGGAAUAACAGGGCAAAUGUUUCUGUCUAUGCCCAAGAGAAUCAGACUAGAUUCUCGUCUCUUCAGCAUUUUGACCAAGCAAAAUCUAUGGUGACUCUUUUUAAAGAAGAAUUCUUGAAAAAAAAGAUUGGUAGUCAGAAGAAGCUUGAAAAUCGUGAAAUUGAUAUACGACUAACAUACGAGAAGACCAAGGUGUUUAAUGGUGGAGGCGGCAGUGUGUUGUCAGAUGAUGAUGAUUCCGAUGGCAUUGAAUGUCUUGGUGUAAGCCUGGCUUUGUUGGGGAACAAAAGGAAACGAAGCAUACCUGCAGGCUCUUCUCGUCGCUUGAGAAAGGAAGCACACGGGUCCCGUAGUGCUUUAUUUUCUGCUAAAGCUACUAACUCGCAGGACCAGGUGGUAGUUUUGAAAAGCGCAUGGCUACGGAUGAAAGCCUCAGAUAAUACUGGUAGCUGGACAAGAAACGUGCAGAUGGUUCCUUAUAAGUUUAUUCGGACUUCUGUGACGUAUGAUAUUCAGACGGGUCACCUUGUAUGGACUAAAGAGAUGGUUGAAGAAACAAUUGAAAUUGCCGAAAAAUGGCAUUCAAAAUCAGACUCGGGAUUUAUUGGAGAAGGGUUUACAAAGAGGGGAAUCUAUGCACAAUUUGGUGGAAAGGAAUAUGUAUUAACUCAACCAGUUGGUAUUUCCAGUUCCACGGCACAACAUGUGCUUCGGGAGGAAUACAAAUUGUUAUGCCAAGGGGACGCAUUUAAGGCAGAAUUUGACAAACUUGCAAUACAAGUCAACAUGAAAACCAUUUCUCGUUUUUAUUUUAACUUUGCUUCUUCAAUCUUUGGCGAAAUUGUUCCAUCACCCGCUUCAGAUGGUUUUCCACUGCCUUGUCCAUACUUUAUUGCUACUCUCCUACUUUCUUGUGGAGAGGCAGAUCCAGGAAUCCGAAAAUUUACUGGAAAUAACAUUGCAGAAAAUCCUGAAGAUCACCUCGCCCAAGCCAUUCAUGCAUUUGCCCAUUUUAGUGCCGUCUAUUCCGACAAUCAGCUAUUGUUUUGUGAUUUACAAGGCGCUCGAGAUAAACAAGGAAUCAUGUGUCUAAUUGACCCACAAUAUUAUUCAACCACAGAAUCCCCUGUUUACUGA